AUGGCCAGAUUAUUCACCAUCGUAACCGUCAUCCUCACACUGUCUACCGUUGACUACUCUACCCUGGCGUUCCACGCAUGUACCAGUGCUGGAGCCGGCCUGGGGUGUGCCUGUAACAGCUUCAACACCGUGGACUGUUCCAACAGAGGGGUGGGGGACGUCCCAGACCAAGUCCCUCCCAACACCGUCAUCCUGUGGCUCAACAACAACAAAAUCCAGGGGCUUGUACGGAACCAGUUCCCUGGCCUGUCGUCUCUUCAGUCAUUGUAUCUCGGUAACAACAGCAUCUCGUACAUCGAAAAAGGUGCGUUUUCGGGACUGGAUAGUCUGACGCGUCUCCAGCUUGAUAGCAACAGGCUCUCUUCAGUUCAAGCCGGUAUGUUUGAAGGAAUGCCGAACUUAGACAGGCUAAUCUUAAGUAACAACGUCGUACUUGAUAUAGAGAAGGGGUCGUUUUCUUCGCUUCCCAGACUGACUACUCUGGACCUGUCCAAUGGAUUAUUAGUUAGCAUAGAAGUCGGUUAUUUUACACCGUUGGCAAACUUGCAGAGGCUCCACCUAUCGGGCAACCCUAUACAGCAGAUUAGGAACGGCAGUUUCCAGGGCUUGGCACAGCUGCAAGACUUAUACCUUGUUGGUACCGAUCUUCUUGAGAUAUGGCCUGAGACGUUCUCUGGGGCAGCUAACCUCCAGUCGUUGUACGUCAGAGACAGUAAGCUCGGAAGUAUCGCUCCCGGUAGCUUUUUCACGCUACCACGCCUGAAUCACUUGGACAUUCGCAACAACACCUUACAAGUCAUCGAAACGGGUACCUUCACCAACAUGCCGAACAUUGUGUCUGUCGAUCUUAGUUACAACCCUUUGUCGACGUUGAAGAGUCUUGCUUUCGAUAUUAAAGGACUCUCAACGCUCCGCCUCUGCAAUCUUAGCAACGCGCGCUUAGAAAAUGUCGAGGAAAACGCCCUUGGUGGAGAACCGAUUUGCGAAGACUUUAUUUGUGAUCGUACCCUGCAGUUAGAUCUGAGUAACAACCGCUUGGAGACGCUUCCAAAUUCCCUCUGCAAUCUGUCUCAGAUACCCGGCAUAUUCCUCGGUGAGGGGGUCGUGUUUUCUCUAGCCGGUAACCGUUUUAGCUGUGACUGUAGGCUCAGGGAGUUAGCCUCUUGUGUGCCUCUCAAAUGGCACAUUCAGUGUCAAACGCCGCCGGUCUUACAGAACAAGUUUCUCCACACGAUUUCUGUGGAAGAUCUCAGCUGCAUUUCACCACAGAUAGAUAGAUUCAUUCUUGAACAGGACGGCAAAAACGUGACGAUGUUUUGUAACGCUACCGGAUUUCCCGAGCCAGUUAUUUCUUGGAGAACCCCAACAUUGCAAGAGGACGCAAGAACUAGAGAAGACACCGGGCGCCAAAUCAAUGGGGAAGGAGCUUUGACGAUCCUAGAUGCGAGCAGUGAAGACGGUGGGACUUACGGAUGUACAGCGACCAAUCCUGGAGGGCAAGACUCGCGUCUCGGGUAUCUGGCUGUCUUCCAAGUCCCCGCUGAGGACUCUCCUAAAACAUCUUACUUGGGCCGGAUCAUACCAAGACGUGGUUCUAGAUCCUCUCAUGAAACCAAGGCGACCGCGGAGGGACACGAGAUGUUGACAGUUUGCAGUGACGCGCCACGAACUGAUUUCAAUGAAUAUGAAGCCGGUGAUGAUGAUGAUGAUGAUGAUGAUGAUGAUGAUGAUAAUGACUACGAAGUGCCCCGUCCUCACCCCAGUAAACUGACAGCACCGUUUAGCUCUGGUGACCAGUUGUAUCUGGACCUUGGAAAGGAAGGAGAUGUAAGACCUGUCAGUGCCGGGCCACCCCAGAGACCGCCCCCCUCCCCCUCCUACCCAUAG